AUGAUCCUGGUGGAUCCCAGGACUGUAUCUGACGCGAUCGCCGUAUCUGUCGCCCUCGCCUUCGCUGUCGCCCUCGCUAUCGCUGGCGCCUUCCCUAUCGCCGGCGCCUUCGCCUUCGCCUUCUCUGACGCUGUCAUGCUCACCUUUGGUCCUUUCCACCGCCUCGCCCAUCCCCUUGGUCACACCCAUAGUCUCUCGCACACCCUCAUGCCUGCUUUCAUCGCCGGAUCCGGCUGCCUGAGUCCCCCGCACAACCCGGCCCCCGCGCGAGCCCUUUCGAAGGGCCACAACGCCGCCGUGCGCCUCUGA